GCGCUCUUUUGUGGCGGAAGGAUCGUACUGCACACCGGUGUAAGGUUUCCGGUGUUAUGGCGACCACCGGCAACAUCUUCUCCUCAGUCUAGGAAAAACAGGGUGUACAUUCAGAGUGCUGUCAAGAGAGGCAAGUAUUUCACAUCUUGGUGUAAUUCUGACUAUGCUGCUCUUGGUAGCACUUGGCAUAGUUUUCUUCCCCUUUGUGGUCACCAUUGAGAAGGCUGAGAACAACAACCACAAACCACCAGCACCGCUAUUCAACUACAGCAGGAUCUCCCUGCCGUCUGAGCACAUACCCUACUUCCUCUCCAACAACAAGAGGGUCGCCAAGCAAUGCCGCCUGGACCCACUCUGCCCUUUUAAAGAUGCACUGAGGGAUCUGUCUGACUGUUGGGGUUAUGAGAAGAGCUGUGAUCCAAGGAAACGCUUUAGCUACCCUGUCUGUACCAAAGCUGACUCUGCAUGGGCCCGUUCACUGGAUGCAGCCCAGGAGCUUUUCUGGAAGCAGGCUGAUUUCGGCUAUGUCAAAGAGCGCCUCUCUGAGCUCAAAGCACUUUGCAAGGCCAGCAAGCCAGGGAGCUCAUCAUUAAAGUGCAGUAGUCACACAAGAUUUUGUAAAGCAACAAAUCUUUACUUGGACUUGCGGAAGCCACGCAGAAGUCAUGAGAGGUACAACGAGGACUUCAUUCAGACGGGUGAGAUUGGUGGACACUGCAGACUGAACAAGCGAGCACUUGCUGCCGAAGGCGAACACAAGAGCCCUUUGCAGUCUUGGUAUGCUGAGCUACAGACGUAUAAGGAGCUGGACUUCGAUCCCAUAGAGGAUGGACAUUGUGAUAUCAUAAUUGAUAAACCCACUGUUUUCAUGAAACUUGAUGCUGGGGUGAACAUGUACCACCAUUUCUGUGACUUUGUCAACCUCUACAUCUCCCAGCACAUAAACAACUCCUUCAGCUCAGAUAUAAACAUCAUCAUGUGGGACACGAGUUUUUAUGGCUAUGGAGAUCUGUUCAGUGAAACAUGGAAGGCCUUCUCAGAGUAUGACAUCAUCCAUCUGAAGGCAUAUGACUCAAAAAGAGUGUGUUUCAAAGAUGCCUUCUUCUCCCUUCUCCCGAGAAUGAGAUAUGGCCUUUUUUACAACACACCUCUUAUCUCAGAUUGCUCCAGUGAAGGAAUGUUUAGGGCAUUCUCUCAGCAUGUCCUCCAUCGGCUGAACAUCCUACAAGUAGGGCCAAAGGAGGGGCGUGUUCGUGUCACCCUGCUGGCACGCAGCACAGAAUACAGAAGAAUCCUAAACCAAGAGGAGCUGGUAAAUGCCCUCAAGACUGUGUCUUUACUGGAGGUCAGUGUGGUGGACUACAAAUACAAGGAUGUUCCCUUCCUGGAGCAGCUAAAGAUCACCCACAACUCUGACAUAUUUAUAGGAAUGCAUGGGGCUGGUCUCACACACCUCCUCUUCCUCCCUGACUGGGCUGUCAUCUUUGAGUUAUAUAACUGUCAGGAUGAGAGCUGCUAUCGAGAUUUGGCUCGGCUGCGGGGCAUUCGAUACGUGACUUGGCAGAAAAUGGACAAAGUGCUCCCACAGGACAAGGGUCACCAUCCCACCCUUGGAGACCAUCCAAAGUUUACCAACUACUCCUUUGAUGUGAGGGAGUUCAUGCGCCUCGUACUGGAAGCAGCCAAUUAUGUCACACACCAUCCAAAAUGGCAGCGUCGUGUUCUUCAUGAUGAACUCUAAAGUCCCUAUGAGUGGCAGCGGUGACACAGACAUCUGGCUGCUGAAACCUUGAACCUGCCUUUUGUCGUGAAGAAAAAGACCUCUUCACAUUGGCAGAGUCAUUUUCAAGGUAUUUUUUAAGAGUUACCUCGUUCACCGGUGAAUCUCUGUCACGGGGGUGGGUUCUUUGUCACCUUCUGUCCUCUCCUUUGUUAGGUCUGGAUGAGUGAAAGCAGUAUGGCGGAAGGCUGCAGUUUGAAUAGCUUUCACUAGCUCUAUUAGUGUCAAAUCAGUUGAAGGACUAGGCGUGUGCAGUUGAAGCAUCUGGAGAGUAAUAAGAUGGAUCCUAUGUUUCUUCAUUACCUCCACUGCGUCUACUUCAUUCCAUGUCGACAAAGCUAGCAAAUGAGCAGCUGUUACAGCGUUCCUUCACAUGCGACAUCUUGUCCCAUUUGAUCAGUGUCACAUUGAUGCGAGCCUCUUUAGAGCUGUUGACAAUCACACUUGAGUUUCUGAGCGCAGCCAACAUGAAUCAGUCAGACUUGAUGGGCAGUUUACACAUGCUGGAUUCACACACAUAUAGCUGCAAACAUACGCUUUCUUUGCAGUUAGUAUGACAUAUUGAAAUCAUGUGGUUUGGAGUUAUACACAUCAAAAACACCUAUAACUUUAAAGCAUAAGGGACAGAAAGUAAGUGAGUCACCCCUACUCCUUUUUUAAAUCAGUAUUAGUGUUAUUAUGUGUUCAAAUACACUAAUACCUUUAAACACACUAAUAGUACUGUGAAACAUGCCCUCGAUCAUGUGUAAGUUAAAUUGAACACUCCAAACAUAAUGACAGUAUUUUUACAUUUGUUAGCUGGAUAUAAAUAAUAUUUAACAGGCUUUUUAUACAUUUUACUGUUACAUCUUUAUUUAAUGUUUACAAGGUUUUCUUCCAUUUGUCACAUUUAAUAUUUAAACAUAUUUCAUGCUGGUUUGAUGGAAUACCUUUUGAUACCUGUUUUAUUAUAAAGUCCUUUGCCUUUUACCAAAGGAAAUGUCAGUGUCAGUAUGGUGGAAUAACGAGGGUGCUGCUAUUAUCUAUUACCUUUCCUGAAACCUUUUUAACGAUGUUUGUGGAGUAUUUCACAAUAAAUUUGUCGAAAGGGAAUGAGCACAACUUGCGUGCAUGCUUACGCAAUGCACAGGAGUAUUUUCAGCAAUGAGAAGAUCAUUUUCGUCUUUCUUUGCCUCUCUGUGAGCUUGAUGUUUUAUUUAUCGAUGAAACCGUGUCGAACUGAGUCAGACUUUUUUGGUCAAGGCUUUGCACAACUUGUAGGUGAUUUCAUAUUCAAAAGCUGUGUAAUAUUUUGAAAUAAAUAAUUCUACAAAAUG